AUGUCUCACACCAUCUUUCUGGUACAGCCUACCAAGAGGCCAGAAGGCAGAACUUACGCUGACUAUGAAUCUGUGAAUGAGUGUAUGGAAGACCUCAGCUGCCUUGUUUACCGAGCUGAUACCCAGACAUACCAGCCUUAUAACAAAGAUUGGAUUAAAGAGAAGAUCUACAUGCUCCUUCGUCAACAGGCCCAACAGGCUGGGAAAUAG